CUCGGGUUUGUUUCCCGCUGUGGCACAAAGGCGUUCCUCAGCGCGGUGCCGAGUGCAGCUCCUGCUGCUGUGCUGGAUGUGCCGUCCUUGGAAGUUCAAUAAGCCCGCUGUAUCGAUGCACGUUUUGGGAUGAGCGUAAUGCUGUCUUUUUUCUCUUCCCGUGCUCAGGCCGGUAGCUGCGGGCUCCAGCUGCUGAUCCAGACAUCUGCGAUACCCAGUAAAACCAAGCCAUUUGACUUCAAGAUAAGUAAAGAACCGCCGUCUCUCCACAACAGACUUUUGCAGCACGACCUGGAAAAAAACUAUUCAGGAAGGCAAGGAGACCCAAGAGUGUUGAGCCCUUUGGUGCGCAAUAAGCAGCUGUAUCUUCCAGUGCCAUCCACUCUGACAGAGCUUUCUGGUUUAGAGUUCAAGCAAAGCACAGGCUCUUUAUCUGGAUUUGGGGACUCUUCUAUACAUGCAAAACCCAGAUCUCGACAAAGCAGUCACAGUAUUAGUUCACAUGCUUCAGAUAGCACAAAUUUUGGGAGCAGUUCAUCAAUAACAUUUCCUGUCUUGCAACGUUCUGCUGAGGAAAAAAUACUGAACUCGGACAGACUCACCCUGGAAAGGCAGAAGCUGACAGUGUGCCCAGUUAUUGAUGGAGAAGAUCACCUUCGCCUUUUGAAUUUCCAGCAUAACUUUAUAACCCGGAUCCAGAAUAUUUCCAACCUGCAGCACCUUGUUUUCUUAGAUUUGUAUGAUAACCAGAUAGAGGAAAUAAGUGGGCUUUCAACUCUGAGAUCCUUGAGAGUUCUUCUUCUGGGGAAGAACAGAAUAAAGAAGAUCUCAAACCUGGAGAACCUAAAAAAUCUUGAUGUUUUGGAUCUUCACGGAAAUCAGAUCUCUAAAAUAGAAAACAUCAACCAUUUGAGUGAACUGAGAGUGUUAAACCUUGCCAGAAACCUUCUGUCCACUGUAGAGAAUCUUAAUGGACUGGAUUCACUCACGGAGCUCAACCUUCGUCAUAAUCAAGUCUCUGCUAUAAAAGAUGUGGAUACUUUGCCCCGUCUCCAGCGUCUGUUCCUCAGCUUCAACAAUAUAUCUAGUUUUGAGGAUAUUCUGUGCCUUGCUGAUUCCUCAUCUUUGUCAGAUAUCACCCUUGAUGGCAAUCCAAUAGCUCAGGAGACAUGGUACAAACACACUGUUCUCCAUCAUAUGAUGCAGCUCCGACAGCUAGAUAUGAAGAGAAUCACAGAAGAGGAAAGACGCAUGGCAUCUGUUGCAGCAAGGAAAGAAGAAGAAAGGAAGCGUGAAAGUCAUAAACAGAGCUUGCUUAAGGAAAAAAAACGGUUAACAAUUUGUAAUAUCGCUCGCCAGUGGGAGAUACAGCAGAAUCGAAUAGAUCUUGUGGCUUCUUUAAACCAAGAUAAGGAUAACCAGCCCUGUCCAAUCAAUGGCAGUGCUGCAUAUGUUUUUCCUGAAGAAAGCAGGUCUCUUGAUACAAUAUUGAACAGUGCAGUACAAGGUUUGUCUGUCCUUGAGUCUCAUCUGGUGGAACUGGAAGGAGACACUCUUUACUUGUAUGGUUCUGGAGCGCUGGAGUGCUUGGAUCGGAACUGGAGUGUUCAAACAGCUGGAACUGUUGUCACAGUCUCCUUUGUGUUCAUAGAAUAUGAUGAAAUUGUGCAAGUGUUAACAAAACUGAAGAUAAAAUUUCCUAAUUCUGUGCACCUGAAGUUUAAGGAGACGAAUCUUGUGACACUGCAGCAGUUCAAUGCAUUAGCCCAGCUGCAUCGCAUGGAACAGUUAACAGUUGAUCCACAGGGAAAUCCAGUUGUUAACUUUACUCUGUGGAAAUACUAUGUUCUGUUUAGAUUGAACCAUUUUAAUCUACAGAAGAUAAAUGGAAUUGAGGUUACUCAAGAUGAUGUUGUAAUGGCAGAAAGGCUCUUUGGCAUUCUGGCAUAUGUAGCAUCUUCUGAGCUGCCCCGUUAUCGCUUGCUUUCGUCAUUUGGAGAAUCUAGGAUGAAGCAAUUCAGUUAUCUUCUGGAGGGAAAGGGGAAGAAAUCUGGGACCGGAAAUGAGGAAAGUAGUGAUAACAGACGAGCUGGGAGAGAAAGCUCUGCUCGAGCAACACUGAAUUACAUCACAAAGGACUUUCAUAUGGAAAAACUUGAAGAAUGGAAGGAAAUGAAAACAUUUUGCCAAACAUAUGUCAAGAAUUUAGUGAAAGAAGCUGCUGACAUCCAUAUGAAAAAUGAGUCCUUGCAGAAGCUCUGGCCUCAAAUGUUCAUUGAACUUGUCAGAGAUGCAGUGAUAGAAAUACGCAAUAAAAAUUCCUACAUGAAACUCAGCUUACAGCGGAUCACUGAUCAAAAACAGUAGAAUCAAGACCUGUUUUCUUGCAAGCUUUUGCUUUCUGGUUUGGAUAACGAUUCUCGAACUCAAAACAAUAGAAUGUAAAAUUACCAUCACAAUGAAACACAUUCUUACUACUCCCUUGCUCUCCCCAGACAAAGGUUACCUUUAAAUCUUAAUUAACUCUGUUUUCAUAGCUUUCUUGAUAGUGUUCAAUUACAAACUUACUUGCAUAAAGCAUUAACAGUGAUUCCUUGGCUGAAGUGAAGAGAUAGCAUAAUCACCAAGUUACUUCUAUGCCAUGUUUCACUACGUUCUUGUUCAUUUUUUUCUGCUAUCCUUGCUUUGGUAGCACUAUUGCAUUGAUGUUAAGGAACAAGUUUACAAACUGCUUAUUUAUUUAUUUAUUUUUGUUAAAGGCUUUUUGAUUGUCAACUUUUUGACUAUUUCCUGCUGUCUUAAAAAAUAAAAUAGGAAUAUUGGCAAUUUUUUUAAUGAUCAAAAACUAGUAAAUUAUUGCUUGUACACUCUAAGGUUGAUGAACAGUUUAUACUAUUUGAUUUGCCAGAUUAUAUAACACAUUUUCAGAUCAAGUCCAUGACACUUCUUGGAAUAUUUAAUUAACCUAAUUCUUAACAAGUGGCCCAAACUGGACUUCAAGUUUUUUUUUCAUUAAUUUAUGUUAGUUUUUGUGAAUUAUUAUAGGUAAAUAUGAAAUUGGGGAUAUUGUAUUUAAGCUUUAUUUUUAUUUUUAUAAUUUAUUGACAAUAACAAAUUCUUACUUUUUGAGUUUUGUUGAAUAACAAAAUUCAUGAUGAAAAUUCAUCAUGAUUUCAGAUGAACUGAAAAGCAUGCAUUAAAUUUGAUAAGGAAAUUGAUGAAUGCUGUUCAGUUGUAAUCACUGACAACUGUUCCAUUUCUGUGUCUGUGUGAAAAUUUCAGACUUUUAUCAAUAAAAAUAAAUUACUCACUUUUACCUUUCACAGAUAAUUGGAAGAAGCACUGUAUGCAAAGAAAAGGCUUGUCCUUAAUGCUGCAUGAAGAGAUGAGAUGCAACUUGCCCUCGCAAUCUAAAACACGUUCCAUAGUCCACUGUAAAUACCUCAUUAUCUUCUGCCCAGAAAUUGAAUUUAGGAAAUGCUAGCAAGUUCAACUGAUUCCUAUAGUCAGUAUUUAUAUGUGGCUAGAAAGUUGUGCCAUUUGAAGUUUGGUAUUCUGUAUAUCUUAGUAAAAGAAUCCAAAUUCUUGAUUAUUAUUACUAUUAUUAUUUUUACUCAAUUCAAAUUGGUCUAAUUUUAUGUAAGCUCAUUUAUAAGAAAAAAAAUCAUAAAGCAAACUUCUUGGAAUGGUUUAUAUGGCUCAGAACUAUGUUGUUUUUCCUACUUUAUGAACAAAACUUCCUGGCAAAGCAGAGGUAAGUUUCUAUGUCCUGAAAAAGGCUUUGAGUCAGUAGCAGGAGUCAGGUCAAAGCCUUCUUGGAACAUAGUAUAUUUGCAUUCAGAUCACACUGGUGUAUCUCAGUUAUUAUCAUUUCCAGAGCAUGUUACAGACUAAUGGUGGCAUGCAUAUCACUGAAUAUAGCUUCUAAGCAUUUUUGGUUUGACUUAUGGUAUAUGGGAACUUCAAAACCAUACUUGCAGAUAAUUACCUUUUAGUAUUUACAGAAUCAAAUAGAGGUUAAAUCACUUUAAAUUUCAUGAAAUGUUAGAAAUCCUAAAGAAACUGCUUCAGCAGUCAUCAGAUUUCAAUAGAAUUAAUCACCCGUUCAGGCUUUUUGAAAAGUUUAAUGGAAUUUAAAAUAAGGUGAAUGUAUUUGAUAGGAUUUCUUUCUUCUUUCCAUUGGAAAACCACUCUCUCAAGUUUUAUGUUUUCCCUUAAUAAAAAGGUACCAAAGCCCAUAUGAAAAGGCGGCUGGAUAGGGGUGGAGGUGGGGAGAAGAAUUUGCUAUGUAGAUAUGCCAUCAGUAUAGAAAGACUUGCAAAAGUUUUUUGGAUCUAUCAGUUACUUUACGUCAUUUCUGUGCAAGGAGGGGCGAGUGGAGCAAUUCCAGCUUCUGCAUGGGGACAAAAAGCUCAGCAGCUGUGUGAAAGUGCAAAACUCUCUUGAUGAUAUAGCCAGAGCAGAUGGGCCCCUUUUGAAUCACAUUCAGCAGUAAUAAAACAUUGGAAAAAAAUGCUUUAAGAAGGGUAGCUAGGCCUAGAAGAACAGGAAGUUCUCCAUGGGAAAAUCCAGAGAAAAGCCAGACUUUGUGAUGCUAUGGCUUUAGAGGUGUAACCCUAAUUGAAGGCUUUAAGGUAUGAUCUUGAAAAAAACAAAUGACAUAAAAUAGAGCGUAUUAACUGAGAAUUGUAUGAACUUUUCCUUAGAAUACUCUUUAUCCCCAGUAGUCUGUGAAUGCUGCCAGUUUUAGUGUUUUUUCUCUAAUAGCAGCUGUUUGUGACAGGCUUCUUAGGUCAUGAAGUGAAAGUUGUUAGGCAGCUAUUAUAAAUGAAGUAAAGAUUAAAAUUGAGCUGUGUAGUAUCUUACAUGAAACCAGUAGGAACAAAAAUCAUUGUAUUUUUCGUAAUUCUUUCUCAAAACAAAUGAAUGAGGGACUAAAGUGAUGUUGGGUCUUAAUACUUCGGGUUCUGAACUGCCAGCUGAUUUUAAAAUUGUUAGUAUGUUAUGUAUAGCUUAUGCAUGCAUCAUAUUUGUUUAUAUCAGUUCAUGCAGACUACUGUGACCCAUUACUGUAGUUGGUUAUUAAUGAAUUUCUGAAUACCUACAAAUAUGAAGGUGGUAUAAGCUACAGAUUCUGAAAAUUAAAUGCUACAUACAUAAACUUUCUGUAUGUUAACAUGUAUAAUUUGAGAAGUUAAAAAAGCCACUGAUUUUCAAGCUGAUGACCUUUUAGUAAAGCCUUUCAGGAUGAAAAGAAUUGUGCUCUCGCUUCAAAAGCCUCUAAAUGCUGCAUAACACCAUAUUUUGAUACCUUUAGUAUUUCAUGGAUAACCCAUUGAAAAUGGACCCUUGUGAUCCUCUCAUGUAGUCUGACUUUGUGCACAAGACAGGAGGUGUAAUUGUAUAAUAUAUAUAUAUCAAUUGGAAAUCAUCUUAAAGAUUAAAAUAUUUCAGUCAGAAGAGUAUCUUUUUAAACUUCUUUUUCAUUGAUUUCAGGAUGAUUAACAUGUUGUUCUUGUUUUCUGAGAAAUAUUUGCUCUGUCUCCAGCUAUGGGUGGAUAAUGAUGUAUUUUAUUUUGAUUCAGUUUUGGUUUAGCUGUGUCAUGCAUGAAGGCCCCGUUAUGUCAUGCAGUCAUCGUUUAUUCUGCAACUGAAAUUUAGUCCUCAGUAAGAAGAGUAAUGAAGAGCUGUGUUUCAUUCACUUCAUUUGAUAUAGGAUAAGAGAAAAUAAUAUAGCUGCAGAUAAGCCCCCAAAGUGAAACAAAGAGAGAUGUGAUUCACUUGGUGCAAACCAAAAGCUGAUGCUGUCAGUUUUGAGGAAAAAAAGGUACUGGGAAGAGUUCUGUCAGAGCUCAGUAAAGUAAGCAAAACCAAUUUACUGACUGGGGCCAAGUGUUCAUUUUGAAAGCUGUUUUAUAUCCCUGAUCAACACUGCCUAGAAAAGCAGAGUAUCUUGUUUGCUACUACAGAUGGUUGUACUUCUAUCAUAUAAGUUACUUAAUAAUAAAUAUUAACCUAUUAAAACACAGAUCAUCUGCAAUUUGUACAAACAUUCUGCAGAUUUAAGACUUCUUUCUUUGUCAAAGCUGUCAGCUGUAAAAGUAACAAACAUUUAUGUUUAUUGCUAUUUUUUUAUCAUAGUGAUGUAACACAAUUAACUGCUUUUUGUUAGGUAGUUUAAUUAAAGAAGCUGAAGCAAAUGCCUGCUAUUUCAUACUAUUAAGCAAAAUGCACAAAUAUAUAAUUUAGAUUGAGGAGUCAAUACUCAUUGAAAAUCAUGGUAAAAACCACCUUGUUUAAAUUUGGAACAGACUGCUUGUACACUUCUGUUCUCAUAUCACAUAAACUUCAUCUAGAAGUCUAGUAUCAGUGCAAUCAUUUUUUCUUUGGUUUAAAUUGGAGCCAUUGGUCUUUUAGGGAAUUUUGAAACUUAGUGCUUUGUUACUCACAUAUUGAAGGAGGGGGGAAAAGAUGAGAAGAGCUGUCACUUCGCUCUGUGGUGUGAUAAAGUUGCUUUCUCUCACAAGUGAAUGUAAACUGAUUUUUGUGUGUAGAGAGGAUAAGUUACACACACACCUCAGACAUUUUUACAAAAGGCUCAUUAGUAUUUUCUUACAUGUAACUACAGCGGAUCCAGUUUUGUUGGCCAGCUUUGCUAGGUUUCUGUUAUCAGGAAUAAAGAUAAGCUUAUCUGGAGGAACACUUUUCUUUGUCUACUGUGAUUUAAAAAAAAAAAAAAA